CUUACUUUUACCUAUUUCUUUGAUUGACAGUGUUGAAACGACUUUUCAAGUCGAAGCAUCAUCUGUGUCCUUGAGUUUAAGUUUUGUGUUGUCCUGAAUAUUAUUUUUCCUGUUGAUUGAAGAUGAGUGUGUCACAACAUAGCAAAAAAUAUGUCUGCUAUUACUAUGAUGGUGACGUUGGUAAUUUUUACUAUGGAGAGAGACAUCCCAUGAAGCCUCAACGAAUAAAAAUGGCACAUAAUUUGGUUUUAAAUUACGGACUUUAUAGAAAAAUGGAAAUUUACAGACCCUUCAAGGCGAAUUUUGAAGAUAUAGAAAAAUUCCACAGCGAUGAAUACAUAAAAUUCUUGAAGUCAGUAUCACCGCACAACGAAUCGACAUUCAAUAAAUCGGUUCUUGAAAAGUACAACAUUGGAGCGGAUUGUCCAGUUUUCGAGGGAAUUUACGAAUUCUCCCAAAUAUCCGCCGGUGGUUCAAUUGCAGCGGCCAUUAAAUUAAACAAAAAAAAGUCUGACAUUUGUAUUAAUUGGGCCGGCGGUUUGCAUCACGCUAAAAAAGGUGAAGCUUCUGGUUUUUGUUACGUGAACGAUAUUGUUCUUGCAAUUCUCGAAUUGUUGAAAUAUCAUCAACGAGUUCUGUACGUCGACAUUGAUGUGCAUCAUGGCGAUGGUGUUGAGCAGGCGUUCUACUUAACUGACCGUGUCAUGACAGUUUCAUUCCACAAAUAUGGAAAUUAUUUCCCAGGCACUGGAGCUGUUGAUGAAGUUGGCAUCGGAGAGGGAAAAUAUUAUUCGGUUAAUGUUCCUCUACAAGCGGGAAUAACCGACAACAGUUAUGAGAAAAUUUUCGUACCAAUUAUUGAAGCUGUAAUGGCAUCAUUUCAACCAUCGGCAAUUGUUUUGCAGUGUGGCGCUGACUCUCUUUCUGGAGACAGAUUGGGGAGUUUCAAUUUGACAACCAAGGGUCAUGGAAAAUGUGUGGAAUUUAUGAUGAAAUUCAAUAUACCAUUGUUACUUGUUGGCGGAGGUGGUUACACUAUUCGCAAUGUAUCGAGAUGCUGGGCAUAUGAAACUUCGGUCGCAUUAAAUUGCGAGAUAUCUGAUGAUUUGCCGUAUAACGAUUAUUUCGAGUAUUUUGCGCCUGAUUAUAAACUACACGUCAAGGCGGCGAAAGGCGUUGGCAAUCAGAAUAAUGAAGAAUAUCUGUCGAGCAUCAAGGUCAAAGUUUUGGAACACUUGAGAAUUUUGGCUCACGGUCCAAGUGUUCAAAUGCAGGACAUCCCAGAAGAUGCAAUUCCGGAAAUUGUUCUUGAACCGGAAGAGAAGGGCAAUUCGGAGAAAAGAUUGUUGCAAUCGGAAGUGGAUCGGAGAAUUGAACGAGACAAUGAGUACAGUGAUAGCGAAGAUGAAGGCGAUGGUGGUCGAAGGGAUAAUCGUUCAUUUGAGCGUCCAAGCAAAACACGUAAAAUGGAAUCAGUUAGUGAAAUAACUUCGAAUCUGGAGGAAGCUGAAAUUAGAGACGAUAAGGAGAGUAAAAAUGGCAGUGAAAGCAAUAAAAGUUAAAUUAAUAAGGGCAAAUUGGCAAUGAAAGUAUUUUAAUUAUGUUUAAUUGACUUAAGUUGUAAAAAAAACUGUGAUAUAAUCAUAGAGCGUACAUGUAAUUGAUUUGUUUAUUUUUAAUAAACUGUUAAUUAAACUA